ACGAUCGCAGGGGCGCACUGCCCCGCCGUCGCUUGCUUCACGACUAUAGCGCUCUAUGGGACUGCUAUGUUGAGCUGGAUGCGGUUCGGCCCCCUCCAGGCAGGCUUAGCACCCAGCCAUGUACCAGUUGACCUCCAUUGACCGCCCGCCUAGUCAUCAGCGUUCCAAGCUCCAGAUCGUCUCUUCCCAACAGCGAGGCAUGCCUAUCCCCCAUCCAGCCUCGACCGACCCAAACACGGCGCGCCAGCUCAAGCCUCCGUCCCGAAGAGCGAGGAUGCUCUGCGCACGAAUUGGGCGAAGAGGGCUGCUCGGGCCUAUGUCCGGCUAUCCGGAUAUCGCCCUCGUUCGCGACGUCUGGGAAGCUCAGGGCCGCCCCUCAUGCUUCCGCUUCUUCCGGCGGCUGCUUCCCCUUCCCCUGGGCACUGUUCCAAAUACCCCCGUCUCCGCCAUUCCUGCUCCCGCAACUGUGCCCGCUGGUGGUAGACCUCCGGAGCGGGCCUCCCACCUAUUCUCGGGCCUUUCAAUGGUCCCGCUCCGCGGUCGCUCCUGA